CGAUGGCUGCGCUGGGCGGGGACGGGUUGCGCCUGCUGUCGGUGUCGCGGCCGGAGCGGCAGCCCGAGUCGGCGGCGCUGGGCGGGCCGGGCCCCGGGCUGUGCUGCUGGGUGUCGGUGUUCUCCUGCCUCAGCCUCGCCUGCUCCUACGUGGGCAGCCUUUACGUCUGGAAGAGCGAGCUGCCCAGGGACCACCCCGCCGUCAUCAAGCGGCGCUUCACCAGCGUGCUGGUGGUGUCCAGCCUCUCGCCCUUCUGCGUGCUGCUCUGGCGGGAACUCACGGGCAUCCAGCCAGGCACAUCCCUGCUCACCCUGAUGGGCUUCAGGCUGGAGGGCAUUUUCCCAGCAGCACUGCUGCCCCUGCUGCUGACCAUGAUCCUUUUCCUGGGCCCACUGAUGCAGCUCUCUAUGGAUUGUUCCUGUGACCUGGCUGAUGGGCUGAAGGUUGUCUUGGCCCCCCGUUCCUGGGCCCGCUGCCUCACAGACAUGCGCUGGCUGCGGAAUCAAGUGAUUGCGCCCCUGACGGAGGAGCUGGUGUUCCGGGCCUGCAUGCUGCCCAUGUUAGCCCCGUGUACAGGCCUGGGCCCUGCUGUGUUCACCUGCCCACUCUUCUUUGGAGUCGCCCACUUCCACCACAUUAUCGAGCAGCUGCGUUUCCGCCAGAGCAGCGUGGGGAGCAUCGUCUUGUCUGCAGCGUUCCAGUUUUCCUACACUGCUGUCUUCGGUGCCUACACUGCUUUCCUCUUCAUCCGCACAGGACACCUGAUCGGGCCAGUUCUCUGCCACUCCUUCUGCAAUUACAUGGGCUUCCCCGCUGUGUGCGCUGCCCUGGAGCACCCGCAGCGGCGGCCUUUGCUGGCCGGCUACGCCCUGGGCGUGGGACUCUUCCUCCUUCUGCUGCAGCCCCUCACGGACCCCAAACUCUACGGCAGCCUUCCCUUGUGUGUGCUCUUGGAGCGGGCAGGGGGCUCAGAAGCUCCUCUGUGUUCCUGACCCGCACUGCUGCUCACGCUCCACGAACUCUUAAUGGGCUCCCGGCCCCUCCCUGCCAAGGGAUCCUGCAGGGGCAGGGCUGGCUGGGGUCCCCGAGAUCUCAGGAAUUUUUUAGGGGAUUGAAGCCAGAGCUAGUUGACUCCCAGGGACCAAGAGAAGGAGCAGACAUCCCCAGGGGCAGCCCCGCUCAGAGGGGCUGAGGAGCAGCUGGGAGUGAGGGGACGGGCAGGUCCCGGAGCCGUGCCUCCCCUCACGUGGACUGUCUCCUUCUCUGAGGCCCUCCGCUCCUUCGGCCUCUGAAAAGCUGCUCGGGGGUACAAUCUAAGACCCCCCCCACCUUCCCAGGGUUUUCUCAUUCUUUUUGCAUCAGGACUUUGUAUUGGGAUAUUAAAGAGAUUUAACUUGGGUAACACGGC